AUGGCGUCCUCCUCCUCCGCGACGUCCGGCGACGACCGGCCGCCGGCCGCCGGGGGCGGGACCGGGACCCCCGCACAGGCGCACGCGGAGUGGGCCGCCUCGAUGCACGCGUACUACGCGGCCGCCGCCUCCGCCGCCGGGCACCCCUACGCCGCGUGGCCGCUGCCGCCGCAGGCCCAGCAGCACGGCCUGGUGGCGGCCGGGCCGGGGGCGGCGUACGGCGCGCCGGUGCCGUUCCCCAUGUACCACCACCCCGCGGCGGCGUACUACGCGCACGCGCACGCCUCCAUGGCCGCGGGGGUGCCUUACAUGGCCGGUGAGUCUGCGUCGGCGGCGGGGAAAGGGAAGAGGGCGGGGAAGACACGGCGUGUCCCUUCCGGCGAGAUCAAUUCCAGUUCCGGGAGUGGCGAUGCCGGGAGCCAGGGGUCAUCGGAGAAGGGAAACGCCGGCGCCAAUCAGAAGGGCUCAUCAUCAUCCGCGAAGAGGAGGAAGUCCGGCGCUGCAAAUACAGAAGGUGAGCCAUCUCAGGCUGCCACAGUGCAGAAUGCUGUAACCGAGCCGCCAUUGGAAGACAAGGAGAGGUCUGCAUCCAAACUGUUGGUUUUGGCACCUGGGAGGGCGGCACUCACCAGUGCUGCACCAAACUUGAAUAUUGGGAUGGAUCCCUUGAGCGCUUCUCCAUCCUCCUUAGUACAGGGGGAGGUGAACGCCGCAGCUUCUUCCCAGAGUAACGCUUCGCUGUCUCAGAUGGAUGAACGGGAACUGAAGAGGGAGAGAAGGAAACAAUCCAACAGAGAGUCUGCAAGGAGAUCAAGAUUACGCAAACAGCAAGAAUGCGAAGAGCUAGCCCAGAAGGUAAGUGAGCUGACCGCAGCGAACGGCACGCUCAGAUCAGAACUGGACCAGCUUAAGAAGGACUGCAAAACCAUGGAAACAGAAAAUAAACAGCUGAUGGGUAAAAUACUAAGUCACGAUGAUAAAAUGCAGCAGUCAGAGGGCCCUAGCGUUGUGACUACCCUGAGCAUCCAGGUCGAAGCGCCCCAGCCGCAUCAUGGAGGAGACGGCAAAGCUUCAUAA